ACCCUCAUGCAAUUGCAUGGAUGAUGUCCAGAUUGAAGCAAAUAGUCAAACUGCACAGCAUUUUAUGCCCUGCUGCUGGAGUUCAAAGUUGUGGAUGUUGUGCAAAUAUAGCCCAACAGUCAAACUAGCUCAGGACCACUGGCAGCUCUCAGGCAAGCUUGUAGACUUACAGACUUUCCCACAGGUUACAAAUAAGUUUUCAUGAAGGUAUAAUUUAACUCCAGGAGUUGCAUGGGGAGUGUUGGGUAUCUGUUGACAUCCUUUAUCUGCAGAGAGGAAUCCAGUGCUCCAGAAAAAGGCCAUGAGCACUUGCCCUUUUUAGUUUCCAGGAUACUGAUCUGCCUGAAUCUCCUGGUUUGCAGCACCGAACACAGCCCUGCUUUGGGGUUUCUUGAGUAGUCAAAGUGAAGCUUUGUGUUGCUUACUUACUUGCUCCUGAAAGAAGUGAGCUGGAGUGAGGAAAGACUGUCUGCAUCCAUACACAUCAAAAUCAACAGAGGUGCUUUCAUGUUUAUCUUAAACAACUCCUGUGCCCCCCAGAAAAACCCUCAGCAAAGUCAUUUGGAGAAGCCCUCUGUCAUGCUUUAGACUGUGGGAUGAAUCACUGCUUUCCAUGCCUGGCAGAAAGUGUGUUUUAGUGCAUCUCCUGGAGGAAUUCAUUCCUUGCAACCCUUACCUGAAGUCCCUCUGUGACCUGCUGCAGCCUGGCAAAUCCACCUGACAAGUGGCUAGCAUGCCAGCUCACCCUGCUUUGCUCCUCCCCAGGAGAUGCAAGGUCUAAGUGUUCACUGCUUUCACUGUGGUGCUCCUUGUACCACCAUGCUAGACUGGCUUUUUAAGUAGAAUGAAAGGUUGGUAUUCACAUGCUUCAGGCUGAGGUUUUGGAGGUAUUUGGACAGACAGAGCUUACAAGUGAGCUGUAAACUGGUUUGGGACAAUGCUAAUGCUUAACUGUACUGGAUGAUUUAGAGGCAUAUUUUGUAUGUCCCUCAAAGCACAGAUUAGCCUGGGAGCUGGUGACCCAGGUUUCAGUUAGUGACUCUCCCUUUGAUAGUGGCUUGUCUACAGUGAAAGUAAAUCUUGAAACGCUGGCAGUCAGUGAUGAAACUCUGGAGCACCCAGUCCAAACUGCAUACUGAAGUGGGACAGAUUCUUUGUGUUCUGGAGGUGGCUUUACUCGCCAUAAACCAUAAUUGGGCACUAGAGACUAGACUGGGGGAGAGAUUUGCAUGUAGCCCAAUUAAUCCCAUCUGCCUGCACCUGAGAUGGAAGAAACAAAAUUUUUCAGACUGUUCAUGUGUCCUACUCUGAAAUUUACUGCCUGUAGAUUUCAGCUCUUUUUAUGAUACUAAAAGGGGGGAGGUGACUGAAUAUUAGUGAUGCCCUAUGAGGAAUAUAUGAAUGACAGACUUGUCUGGAAGGCUCUAAAAGAGAAAAGCACUCCUUAAACAGGACUGGGCUAAUAAAAUUUGUCAAGACAUGUCAUCAACAAAACAUCAAGGAGAAGGGGAAGAAAAAUGAUGGGAACCUUGUGUAGCACCAUGUAGUCUCUUGGAGUGCAGUCACAAAAUGAAAUACAAACUCUUGUAAGAAACAACUGACAGAGCUGAGAUGGGAACAAACUAGGACAGGAAUCCCAUGAACUGGGUUGUCCAUCAUAGCCAUCUUUCUUUCUCCUCUGUGCUUUGGGCUACUUAUUCUUGCUGGAGGCUUUCUGGGUGGCUAGGAGGGGGGUGAGCAUAAAGUGGAGAAUCUUCUCUCCCUGUCCCCCAGACCUUUCCUGCUGUCAGGUUGCUUAUUGUGAAAACUAAACUGGUUUGGGUUGAAAAAUGAUCCAUUUAUUGUUUUAAAGGAUUUAUCACUUGUAAGUCAAGUUUUGGUAUGUGUUUAAGGUUAUGAACAUUGUAACUAGGUAUGAAGUUUUACUUUUUCAGGCAUAAUAUUUAUUUAAAAUUGUUUUGAGGCAUUACUGCCAGCAUUUGCUCAUGGUAAAAUAGUUGCAGAAAGAACAAUUUUUUUAAAUUUGAAAUGCUGUUCAUAUUCCCUGGGUGAAUGCGUUUCUCAUUUUGUACCUCAUUUUUGUUCUUUAUGUAUGGUUCUCCUAGCACUUGAAGCCUUGGUCAAUCCUGCUGGGUUUUAACUGAAUGCAAAAUUACCCAAAGCUCAACUUGCUUUUACAAGUAGUAUUUUGUAAUAUGUUUUAAGUUGGAUGCCCUGACUCCAGCUGCUGCAGCAGACGUUUUGUGCAGAGAUGUGCUCUUUUUUGAUGUGCAUGAAACAGUCUCAUAUUCUGAAAAAAUUACUCUGCAAAAGGCAAGUCCCUAAUACAGAGUGGUGGUAAUGACAGAAAUAUCUAUCCAGAUAAUUUAACGAUGCUUAGGGUUGUACUGCAGUUUUUGUUAAUCCAUGGGGGAAAUCACUCAUUUUAUUUUCCUUCUUCAGUGACAUAUUGAGCCCAUUUAUCAGCGUAGAGAAGGGACCUUUGGUGUCAUUUGGUCCAACCUCCUACACAAAGCAUGUUUGACUAGAUAGGUAAAUUUUAAUUUGUAUCUAAUUUGAAUUUCCUGUUUCCCAAUUUUUUGUCCAUUGCCUCUUGUCCUCUUACUCUGCACUUCUGAGAAGAGCCUGGCACCAUCAUCUCUGUACCCUCCAACUCUAACUGUAGACAGCACUAAAGUCUCCCUGGAGCCAUCUCUUCUCCAGGUUGAACAAAUCCUUAAGCUCUCAUGCAUCCUGUGCUUCAGCUCCCUAACCAUCCUUGUGACCUUUCACUGGACUUGCCCCAGUGUACCUAUGUCUUUCUAUAAUUAGGAUACCAACUGGUAUAUGGUCUUCCCAGUGGUGAGUAGAGAAGAGUAAACACUUCUCCUGACCUGCUGGUACACUCCUGUUAAUUCAGCCCAGUACACACUUGGUGGUCUUUGCCGCAAGGCACACGGCUGACUCAUGUUCAGCUAGUUGUUCAUUGCAGGUCCUUCUCUGCAGAGCUACUCCCAGUCAGUCAACCUCCAGCCUGCACUGCUGUGUGGGGUUAUUCCCUCCUGGAUGCAGGACUUUGCAUUUGCAGUGAUGAUCCUCAUGAGGUUCCUGUUGCUCCCUUUCUCCAGCUUGUCCUGGUCUCUCUAAGCAGCAGUCUGCCCUCCAGCCUCUUGACUGUCCCCCACAUAAUUUGUGAACUUGGUAUGUCUGCUCCAUUUCAGCAUAGUAUCAGUCCCUGAGGGGUACCACUGACAACCAGCGGCCAGCUGGGCUUUGUAUGGAUAACAUAGUAGUAGUCUCGCUAAUUCUCCACUCAGAUUUCUCUGGCUGCAUUCAUCCUAAGAUGCAGAGGUUGGUGGUGUUUAUUAUGUAUUAUUUUCAAGCUAUGAAAUCUGUAUUCAAUCAGAGGAACCUGGUUUUGAUAUUCUGUACACUUACACACAUCUCUGUGGAGGUGAAAAUAAGUUUUCUUCUUUCCAGUGAAGAGGAGAUCUGUGUUAACUGUUGGUUAGCCAGCCAAGAUGGGUGAAGGAAUGGGAGGGGAUGUGAUAACCUUGUCUGGAUGAGGCAGUGGCUUCUCCAAUAGAUAAGAAAACAUUCUUUAUAAAACCAAAAGAUGUGGUAGAAGUAUGUAGUCUCUAUUAACACAGUUCGUAUCCACAGAUACAUAUUUAUUGAGAUGCAAGAUGUCUGCCCUGAGGCUGACUUCUAAUAGAACUUCCCAGCAGGCCUCGUCUAACUCUGAUUACACCUGGGACUACGAGUACUAUGAGUAUGGACCAGUGUCAUUUGAAGGCCUGAAGGCUCAUAAAUAUUCCAUUGUGAUUGGAUUUUGGGUUGGUCUUGCAGUUUUUGUCAUCUUUAUGUUUUUUGUCCUGACCCUGCUGACGAAGACAGGAGCACCUCAUCAAGACAAUGCAGAGCCUUCUGAAAAAAGAUUUCGCAUGAAUAGCUUUGUGGCAGAUUUUGGAAGACCUCUGGAGUCUGAGAGGGUCUUUUCUCGUCAAAUGGCUGAAGAAUCCCAGUCACUUUUCCAUUUCUGUAUUAAUGAAGUGGAACAUAUGAACAAAGCAAAAGAGAGUCAGAAAGGUCCAGGUCUGGAGAGUAAUAUCCACUUCCAGGAGGUUCCCAGAAGCAGUGGAGUGUUUGAGGAAGACCUACAUUGUCUUCCAAAAUUUAACAUUCCUAACUUUGUGAACACUGAGCAGAACUCUUCAUUAGGUGAGGAUGAUCUCCUCAUCUCAGAGCCACCAAUCAUUUUAGAAAGCAAAUUGGUCAUGCAAUCUUCCCAUCGGAUCCUUGACUGAAAAAAUCUUUUAUGUUAAGGUAAAAGAUUGUCCAGCUUGAACCCUUUCUUGGCCUUCUGCUAUUUUGACAGAAGGUAUUUCAGAGCUGUGCUUUUUAUUGUACUAGAACUCAGUUUAGACAAGAAGUAAAACACUAAAUGCUUUAUUAUGAUGUUUUCUGUGGUCUAAACUUUUUGCCCAGCCAGCGUUAUUUUUGCUUCGUUAUUUUUUUUUGUUUCUUGUUUUGUUCUUUGAUUUUAAAGGACUGCUUAUGACCAGCUUCUGAAGGAUCCCGUAACAAUUUAUGAGGACUGUGAAGGCUGGAGCCUGGUACUGGGAAGUGUAUGAAAAUUCCUUGGCCAAGAAAAGUGUAAAUCUCAAAGUGAGACUGAAGUAAGGAAUAAACAGGCGGCCUCUGGGGAGGUUCUGUAGCUUCUGCUACUUCCAGUAACGAUGCCUGAAACUAAGCAGCACAAUAAAUAUCUGCUUGGGAUUAGCUUCAGUUUCUGAUUCCUAACUGGUUUUGGUGUAGGUUAAAGCCAAUUUACAAAGCUUCCAGAGGGAAUACCUUGCAAAUUAAAUUGUUUGGCUACAGUGUUUACAAAAUGCCAUCACCACAUGCAAAUUGGUGCCUGUACUUACAGUACUUCAGAGUGACAUUCCAACAGCUGCCCAGUGAUGAUGAGGAAUUAGUAUUCUACACACAAACACAGACCGUGAUUUGACUCUUUUUUUUUUUUUUUGUUUUAAUUGCUGAUGUGAACUUCCAGUUCAGUAAGUGUAGGAUUCAGUAGCUAAAUCACAGGAAAUAAGAAAAAAACUAUUUUUCUUUUGCCAGUGCAGGUACUACAUGCAAAUGUAACAUUAAGCUGGUGUUAUAUGUUGCUUAUAGGCUGAACCUUCCUACACUUUUUGGCUUUAUAAACAGCCCUUUCUUUAUUCCUGGGCCAUGGAAGGGCUAGCAGGCUUUGAACUGUUGAGAGCACCAGCUCCAAAUGUGAAGCUAAGCUCUGCUUGUUCCAUCUUCUUUUUGUACUCAAUUGGGAUGGUGUUGCAACCUCAGCUACUCUCCCAAUUAAAGGUUUGUCAAGGAAUUGAAUAAGUGUAGUUUCAACCUUUAUUUUUUAGAGACGGAAUAAGGUUCUGAACCUUAGAGAGUACUUAAAUUAUAUUUCAGCUUUCCUCAAAAGAUGGUAAUUAAUGACCAAACGGUUUUAGAGCAAGCACAGAAGAUACAGAGGCACCAGGUUCAAAUCUUUUGCUUGAUUUGGAGUAUGCUCUGCAGGAAAUUCUUAACUGAAAUGAAAAUAAGUGGAUGCCAGAUACUGUGCCUGUUGUUGUUUUGUUUGUUUUUUUUCCUGAAACUGACCUACUUUGUAUACAACAUGUCUGUGUUGGAGGGAAAAUGUAGUAGUGGCCUGCUGAUACAUUCUCCAGACACUUAAAUGCUGAUUAAUUAAUUCUUCCUUCACCUUACAGAUAGGAAUAAGUAGUGAAUGGGUUGAAUAUUUAAAGAAUUUAAAAAUGUGCAGGAAACAUAUUUGGUUUUUAUAUUCUGUGCCCUUGUUAUAAACCAGUUAUUGCUAAAUUUCCUGUUUUCAAAUGUAAUUCUUACACUACUUGCUGGUUGUUUAAAGUAAUGGGAUUAUAGUUAAAACAAAGCAGAGACUGUUUUAAACUAGCAGAUUUUUGUUGAAAAUAUUCCAGGAGAAGAGUGAAGUGAACCCUGUUCUAAAUGAGCACGGCUCCAUGGGCUGCAAGAUCUCCAGUAAAACAUUUCAAGUGCAGAAAAGGCCUUCUUUCACAGAAGUGCUUAACUACAAGUUUGAAGGCUGUAGCUGUGGACUGUUCUCUUCCCAAAUUAAGAAAUUUGGGAAAUCUGCCUCCGAAUGUGGCAACUACUUCCUGCUGAGGCAUUUCAAAUAACUGCUAGCUAUCUGAACUGAAGCUCAACAUUGUUCUUGCUAACAAGUUCUGGGACUUUUACUAAGCAUGGCUUUUAUAGCCUAUUUCUGAAUUAGAGAGCUGCCUUCAGUAAUGUUUGAGCCAUUCUUCUUAAUUUUUUUCUUCCUUUGCCAUGCUUCAAAACAGAAAUGCUGCUUAAAGGAGAGAAAAGUCUGCGUAGAAUCCCUCUCUUCUGCAAUCAAGAAAUGAAGGGUUUUUUAAAAGCAUUUAAAACUGUUUCCUUGAACCAUUUAGGUUGGAAAAAGAUCUUUCUGAGUCCAGCCAUUAUCUCAGCACUGCCACAACUAAACCAUGUCCCCAGGUGCCACAUCUAUGUGUCUUUUUAAAUCCUCCAGGGAUGGUGACUCCACCACUUCCCCGAGCAAGCCUGUUCCAGUGCUUGACAAGCCUUUUGGGGAAGAGAUUUCAAAAGUUUCAGAUGUUUCAAAAAAUGCAGGUCUGAUUUUAGAAAAAGAAAAUGCUGCCGUUCCCAAUAGGCUAGCCUAAGUCUGUCUUCUGCUACCUUAAACCUUUGUGGCUUUUCUUUGGGUGUAUAAGUGCUACUCUGGGGAGAAAAGGGGGAAGCAUUUUGUGUAUGGAUGCUGGUGACAAUGCCUAGAUGAAAGGUAUUUAAUAAAAUGACAAAGAGAUAAUGUCAACUUAACUAACACCACACUUGAAUUGUAUUCUAAGUGUCCUUCUGAAGCAUGUAUUAAUCCUGUAAAGCUAUUUAAGUGUUUGGUUCCUGCUUCUGUUAUUCCCCGAUGAUGGUUAUACUUUUUUCACCUUAUUUCCCCUUCUAUUUUUAAAGUCCUUCAUGCUGCUUUUUACAGAAAAAUAACCUGGCAGUCCCCACUGCAAAGCUCUCACACCACUUCAGACACACAGUGGCAGCAACACAGUCUGAUUCAGUUUUUCUUUCUGCCUCUGCAUUAGAGUCAAAGGCAAAUGCAGAAACGUUCUGCAGUCUUCAAAAGCAGUUAUUUUAAAGCUUUCUUUCCUUUCUUUUUCCUUUUUAGGAACUAACAGAGAUAUUUUGCCUCAGGGGAAAGGGCAAUAUAUAACAUGUUUAAAAAAACUCAUCGUUAUCCAGAAAACCAAUAAGUGCAUUUAUUAUGAAGUGAAUAGAAAGUGUUCUGACCAGGGUAAUCCUUCAAAAUGAAUAGUUGGAAUUUAAUGGUGUUUGAAAAUGGAAUUUUUGUGAGUUUUUGUAUUGUUUGGCCUCAAGCCUCUUCUCAAAACUCACUAUAAAUGAGUAGAUUUAACUGCAGAGAUAGACAACUCCUCUAAGAUAACUACAUGCAUAAACGUCUUGUAUUCUGUAAGAACUUAUUAGGUUAUUUAUUCCAGUUUUCAAAGGUGAAUACUUGCAAAAUGUUCUUCUAUGUAAACAAGUUUUAACUGUGUACCUUUUUUU